AUGUGUUUAUUAUUCUAUUUAAUGGAUUAUGGAGGGCAUGUCGCUCUGAGGAAAUGCUAUUUAGCCAAAUCUAAAGAUAUGAUAGAGAAGGAAGGUAGACAAGAAACAAAAGAACCACAACAAAUUCAAAGUAACGUACGUGCCUACCACAUACCAGUAAUGGGAGGUCAACAUCUCAUGAACUCGCAAUCUGGAGCAGUGAAAGUUGUCCUGCACAAAGUUUUAAGUCCUAAUGUUUAUUUAUGUCACAUUUCUGUUACAAUAUACUACGAGAGUCAGUGUCCGGACAGCAAGAAUUUCAUUUUAAACCAACUGGAACCAUCUAUACGCUACCUGCAGAAAUAUAUAACACUGCAUUUUGUGCCUUUUGGAAAAGCUACAAGUGUUAACCAAGGGUACGAUGGUUUCCUAUGUCAGCACGGUCCCACCGAGUGUACCGGCAAUAUGGUGCAGAGCUGCGCGCUGGAUCUCAUGCAGGAACGAAACGACGUGGAAAAGGUUCUAUAUGUCGUCUGCGAAAUGAUGACUGAGGCAGGAACUAGAAAGGAUAUGAAGUGCGUUAAGAGGAUGGGUCUCCGAGCUCGUGAUGUAAGAGAAUGCAUGAACUCAAAUUUAGGGACAGUGUUGCAGCUGGAGGCUGAAAAAGCCACUAAUUACAUUAGACCGAGGUUCAUACCCACCAUCACCAUAGACGGGACUUCCCCGGGACGAUUUGUUCGAUACUUGGAGACGUACCACCUUGCGUUGACAACUUCAAUAAAGUAG